AUGGCUCUCAGCAAGCAGCGGGACGAGGUGGCACAACUCGUCAAGUUCUGGUCAUCGACCGAGGGUCGAGACAAGUCGACCAAGUGUCUUCAGUACGGCAGUCGCACGCUCGCUUCGCUUUUGGCGGCCAGGAGCCCGAAGGCCGCUGCGAAAAUUGCUGCGUUGUCUGGGACGGCGAGCGACGGCAGAAAAGUGUUCCGUCUAGGCAAAUUUUUGAACGAGUACGUGAAGCUGAAAGCGCUUCUUGUGGGCUUCCUCGUCUCGCGCUACAAGCUGGCUGCAGCUAGUCUCGACGAUACUCAGAAAACGCAACUGCUGCAGCUGAUCAGCCGUUUCGGUUUUCUCUGCUACUGGGUCACGGAUAACCUCAUGCUGCUCUCAAAGAUUAAAGUGCUGGGCUUUGACACGAAGAAACUGGCCAGACUCUGCGGCAUUUUCUGGCUCGUCGGCCUCCUGGGGGCUCUGGCGACUGAAGUACGCGUGCUGCGUCGCCUGAGAUCGCUAGAACGAGACCGCCUCGAUCGUCUGGAAGAGGAGCGUCGGGGCGCGGAGGACGCGUAUGUGCAAGGCGCCUCGUCGCUGCGGAAAAUCCAGCAAGAGAAAAAUGCGUCGCUUCUCAACAUCGUGAAAAACGCCUCGGACGCGGUUGUGGCAGCGAACUUGGCGCAGAUUCCUCACAAGCUUCUUGGCAGGCCGCUCGACGAGACCACUGUGGGCGCUGCAGGUUUCGUCAGCGGCGCGAUCAGCUGCUACCAGCUCUACGAGUGA